AAUGCAAACCGUAUUCGAAUGCAUGUGUGUGUGUGUGUGUGUGGGAGAGAGUGUUUUUGUAUGCCGCCGAAAAAAAACUGAAUUAACCAAAAAGAAAGAUUUGGAAAAUCAACAAAAAAUUUAAUAAUUAUUCCUAAAAGAUAAAAAAUUGUGGCAAAUACUACACGAAUACAAAGAGUGAUUGCUAGAUAUAAGAGAGUGGGAGAGAAAGCGAGCGAUAUUGCUAAGAAGUGCUGAAUGAAGUACCGAUUGAUUGUGUGUGUGUGAGUGUGUUUUGCUGUUGAUUGUGAUUAAGUGCGUCCAACGCUCCGUUCCGUUGCCGCAAGAAACAUACAAUCAUUCAACGGUAGAGUAGUAUUAAAGCAACGGCUGUGCCAGCAGGACGCCCGCCAUACACAAACACAUACACAUACACUUAUGCAGAUAUAACAAUUAUUCCUGCUAAAAAUCCAACUGGAAAAAGUGUAAGAAACAAGCAACGUGUAUAAGCCGUUAAGAAGUCAACCAACACCCACAGACGGUAGCAGCAGCAGUAGCAGUAGCAGUUAAAAUAAUUGGAAUUGGAGCACCCACUUAAAUCCCAACUAGAAAAAGCCGAAGAAGACCAAUAACACACACACACUGCCGAAAUGGAUAGCAAGGGACGAAAUGUCAUUGUUUGUGAUAACGGUACAGGGUUUGUUAAAUGUGGCUAUGCUGGUAGUAAUUUCCCCGCUCACAUUUUCCCAUCAAUGGUUGGACGUCCUAUUAUACGAGCCGUGAAUAAAAUUGGUGACAUUGAAGUGAAGGAUCUAAUGGUCGGCGAUGAGGCUUCACAGCUCAGAUCACUUUUGGAAGUCUCGUAUCCCAUGGAGAAUGGCGUUGUCCGAAAUUGGGAAGACAUGUGUCAUGUAUGGGAUUAUACAUUUGGGCCCAAGAAAAUGGAUAUCGAUCCGACAAAUACAAAAAUCUUAUUAACAGAGCCGCCCAUGAAUCCCACAAAGAAUCGGGAAAAGAUGAUUGAAGUGAUGUUUGAGAAAUAUGGUUUCGAUUCAACAUACAUUGCCAUACAGGCUGUACUCACGCUGUUUGCUCAGGGUCUCAUUUCUGGCGUGGUCAUCGAUUCGGGAGAUGGUGUGACACACAUUUGUCCCGUAUACGAGGAGUUUGCUUUGCCCCAUUUAACGCGCCGCUUGGAUAUUGCUGGUCGGGAUAUAACGCGUUAUUUGAUUAAGUUACUUUUACUACGUGGUUAUGCUUUCAAUCAUUCCGCCGACUUUGAAACGGUACGCAUUAUGAAAGAGAAACUCUGUUAUAUUGGCUAUGAUAUUGAGAUGGAGCAGCGUUUGGCAUUGGAGACGACAGUGCUUGUGGAAUCCUAUACAUUACCCGAUGGGCGUGUCAUUAAAGUGGGCGGCGAAAGAUUUGAGGCGCCUGAAGCUCUAUUCCAGCCGCAUUUAAUUAACGUUGAGGGAGCAGGCAUAGCGGAAUUGGCCUUUAAUACCAUACAGGCGGCCGAUAUUGAUAUACGUCCGGAAUUAUAUAAGCAUAUAGUGUUAUCUGGCGGUUCGACCAUGUAUCCGGGUCUGCCCAGUCGGCUGGAACGUGAGCUUAAGCAAUUAUAUUUGGAGCGAGUGCUUAAAAACGAUACGGAAAAACUGGCGAAAUUCAAAAUACGCAUUGAGGAUCCGCCACGACGAAAGGAUAUGGUAUUCAUUGGUGGUGCUGUCUUGGCCGAGGUCACAAAGGAUCGCGAUGCGUUCUGGAUGUCGAAGCAGGAAUAUCAAGAGCAGGGUCUAAAAGUGUUACAAAAAGUGCAAAAGAUCAGCCAGUAAAACAGCAAACAAAAAACAAAAAAAAAAGGGAAAACUACGACGAGAGUCUGUGAAUUAGGUGAAGAAGCAGCGCAGCGGGAGCAGCAGAAGUAGCAUUUUUCUGGUGUUAAAGAUGAACAAUAGCAUCAUUUGCCUAGCCUUUAAGAUUAUUUUUGUAUGCGUACGUGUGUGUGUAUGUUGCUGAUGAAUUAAUUAAUAUAUUUGGGUCCAGUUACCAUUUAGUUUUUUCCCCCGUAACUACCAAA